AUGCUGCCUCUCUGCUGGACACACAUGUGCACAGCAAGUAACUCCAGGGUUGGUGGACUACUGUUGCAUUGACCAGGCUGUAUGCAGAAAUGACUUGUGCAAUUCAUUUGAUGACCUUCUGGCUGAUUUGUUUGUUUCAAGCAGAGCAUGUACGCUGUUUAUGGGCCACACAAACUCAGGGCUCCCAGAGACCAAGCGACAACGCAUAUGUUGGGUUCUCGCGACAGGACAGUGGUCCACGAAGAGAUGGUGGCAGCAAUCCCCAGAAUAAAUUCAGACAGGCCUCCUUUUCUCCACACUCGGCCCAGAGCAGUAGCCUCAAUCCAGGGCCUGCCGUUAACCGUGAUUAUGAUCGGGGGUUUUCCAGCAGUGGCUACACACAAACUGUUUCACAGCCAGCUCACAGUGGCUACGCUUCAGUCAGGUUAGUGGAGAGCAGCCCUGUGUCAAAUCCCAAUUGGAAAACGACAGACCCCAAGCGGGUAAAUGCUAAAGGUAUUCUGGGCCUCUCUACUUCUAUCAUUAGUGGAAGUGCUAUGAGUAAGCACAGUCAAAAACAGAAUAGCCUCAGUGCUAGAACUCGGCCCACUCAGCAGGGUACACAGCGUACUAACCAGCAUCUGUCCAGAAAUUCUGCGUCUGCUCAGAGUCCAACCUUCUCUGCACAAGCGAACUACCCUCCAUCUUCAAAGUCUUCUAGCCUGUUUAGUGCAGGUGCUCCUGUGCCAGAACACGGCUCUGUACGGAAGUACACCUCAGCCACUGUCCGUGCUCAACGAGUGUCUUCACAGUCUAAUGAUGCAGCAUCUAAACCCUCUAGUUUUUCAGUCCCUCAAAAUGACAGAAUCAGAAAUGACCCCAGCCAGGCCGCUGAUCGGUUCAAGAGCAAGAUGUUUACUGUGACCGGAGGAUCUGCCCAAGGAGACUACGCGCCUGCUUCCAGCAUGGCCUCAAGUUAUCCCCAGUCUGCAUUUGCGCCACGCAGUCUAGGCGGGAGCCAGGGCUUGAACUAUGACCCCAGAUACACCUCGGCUGAGAUGCCCAGCCGAACCCGCCCUGCGUCGUCGCUGUGGAACACCAGAACCCAGGGAGGAGGUGGCUUCCGUGUCACGGGGCGCUCUUCUCAGCAGUUCGCCCCGACCAUAAUCCACAGCAUCCCUAAUCGCCUCGGCGGCUCGCCCAUCAGGAGGCUGAAGGGGUCAUCUGACCAGAAGCAAGUUUUCCAGACACCACAGCUGAAAUACACGGCUCCCUCACAGCAGACUGCGUCCUACAAUCCACAGGGUCAGAGUGUUCAACCAGAGAGCAAAUGGAAGAUGGUCAGCAGGCUGCAUCAGUGACAUGAGCAGAUGCAGCAGGAUGCCAAGUCCCUGGUGUAGUGUUUUUGGAAUAAAUUAUUAAUUUAAA